AUGGAUGUAGAUAGAGCGGGUCGGCAGGGGACCUCAGUUUACGGCGAGAUGUUAUCUCUCAUUUUACUUGCUGUUUCUGCAUCACUGUCGUCUGCAAAAACUGUUACUUAUGACUUUGAUAUUGGCUGGGUCUCAGCCGCCCCUGAUGGGUUCACACGGCCUGUGAUUGGCAUCAAUGGCCAAUGGCCCAUCCCCACCAUUGAAGCGAACAAGGGUGAUACCAUCGUCGUCAAGGCAAAGAAUUCACUCGGAAAUGAAACCACCUCGCUCCACUUCCAUGGCAUGUACCAAUUCGGCACUCCUGCAUACGAUGGUGCCCUUGGUGUUACGCAAUGCGGAAUUGCUCCUGGACAGUCUUUCACAUACACGUUCGAGGCAGCACCAUCUGGAACCCAUUGGUAUCAUUCCCAUGCCAAGGGUCAAUACCCGGAUGGACUUCGAGGGAAGAUGAUCAUCCACGACCCAGCGUGGGAGAAAAACUUGAAAGUUGACGAACAAAUAUAUCUAAGCAUGUCUGAUUGGUACCACACGCAACAACCAUUCCUCAUUCACGAGUAUCUGAGCCCGGGUAACCACAACGGUGAUCUCCCAUCGCCUGAUUCCUUCCUGUUCAACGACACCAAAACAGCCCCAACCUUCAGCUUUAAACCGGGGAAGCGGUACUUGCUACGUAUCGUCAAUGUGGCCGCACUGGCAUGUGGUCAAUUCCAUGUCGACGGACACAAGCUUACAGUCGUUGAAAUAGACGGCGUACAAAUUCGUCCUCAAGAUGCUGAUACUAUUGUCAUAUGCGCAGGUCAACGUUACGAUGUCAUUGUCGAGUCAAAGAAGAACCCUUUCUUCGGUUUCAAGUACAUCGCCAAAAUGACGAUAGAUAUGCUGACUAAGGAUAUUCCGAGCGACAGCGCUAUGUCUGUCAUUGGGAAUAUAACAUAUAAAGGCUUCUUAGGGGUCCUGGAUUUCAUUUUCAAUCGAUUUCUGCACCCUUCUUGGGUGCCGCAGGUGGUGCUCGACGACAUUUCGCUGAGGCCGCUGAACAACGAAAAGUUGUACUCACCGGUCACGAAAAACAUCAAUUUUGUCGUCAACCAGACGUACUAUGGAGGUGUUGGGACCCGCAUCAAGAUCGGAAAUGAGCCAUGGGUCGAGCCUAAAGUUCCGUCGCUAUACACUGCUCUCUCGACUGGUGCAGCCGCAUUAGACGCAGAUACCUAUGGCGUUGGCGUGGACCCUUGGAUCAGCAACCAAGGGGACGUUAUCCAAGUGUACUUGAAGAACCCACAGGUAUGGCCUCACCCUAUGCAUUUACACGGCCACGAGUUCCAAGUUGUAGCCCGCGGUGUUGGCGAAUGGGACCACAACGAAGCCGCCCUACCCAAGAUCCCUAUGAUGCGCGACACAGUCGUCGUCCCUGCAAACGGCUACAUUGUCCUCCGUUGGCUCUCCAACAACCCUGGCGUUUGGUUCUUCCACUGCCACAUUGACAUGCACCUUGUCGGCGGCAUGGCCUCCAUCUUCAUCGAAAACCCGACGCAGCUCCAACAACAAUAUCGAUCCGUACCCUCAGACGGCAUUGCCCUCUGCGAAGCUAGUAACGAAUGCUACUGCGGAAAUUGUCUGUGUAGACAGGGCAAUGUUUCAAUGGCUGAUGCAGAGAGUAAAUGCAAUACGAUUUUUAACACGUAUGAGGAUGGCGAGCCGUAUGGCGCGCUGGUUGCGAGUCCUUGCGAGGGGAAAAGGAUAUUGGAGAAAAAGAGGCAUAGGUGUGGUGCUAGUGUAUGAAAGGAGAGAUCAGUGGCUUUCAUCGCGGGGAUGUCGGAUGUGGUGUUGU